GAACAUUACCAUCGCUAUCUUGACCUAUUUCUUGCUUUCUCGCCAUCCCCCCCUUCUGCCUGUGAAUAAAGAAGACGAUGGUUUCAUUUUCCGGAGACUGAAGCAAGCGGAUAGUCCUCGUCGCAGUGCGUGAGAGGAGCUACUGAAGCUGCCUGCCCUAACUGCGACCAUGUCUGGUGUCUACGACGAGUCGGCCAGCCUGGAGGAGAGCACGGACAGUUUCUGGGAGGUCGGGAACUACAAGCGUUCAGUGAAGCGGAUCGACGAUGGUCACAGACUCUGCAAUGACCUCAUGAACUGCAUCCAGGAGCGGGCUAAAAUCGAGAAAGCCUACGCACAGCAGCUGACUGAGUGGUCCAAGAGAUGGAGACAGCUGGUAGACAAAGGUCCUCAAUAUGGAACAGUGGAGCGCGCUUGGAUAUCGCUAAUGACAGAGGCGGAGAAGGUGAGCGAACUUCACCAGGAAGUGAAGAACGGCCUGAUGAGCGAGGACUUUGAGAAGGUGAAAAACUGGCAGAAAGACUCGUACCACAAGCAGAUGAUGGGAGGCUUCAAGGAAACCAAAGAGGCAGAGGAUGGCUUCAAGAAGGCCCAGAAGCCCUGGGCUAAAAAACUGAAGGAGCUGGAGGCUGCCAAGAAGUCGUACCACGUGGCCUGCAAAGAGGAGAAGUUGGCCUCCACCAGGGAGGCCAACGGCAAGGGUGAAGCCGCUGUAAAUGCCGACCAGCUGAAGAAACUCCACGAGAAAGUGGAUAAAUGUAAAGUGGAUUCACAGAAGGCCAAGGACAAGUACGAGAAAGCUCUGGAUGAGCUGAAUAAGUGCACGCCUCCAUACAUGGAGAACAUGGAGCAGGUCUUUGACCAGUGUCAGCAGUUUGAGGAGAAGAGGCUGAGCUUCCUCAGGGAGGUGCUGCUGGACGUCAAACGCCAUCUCAACCUCACAGAAAACCAAAGCUACGCGUCGGUGUACCGUGAAUUGGAACACACUAUCACGUCAGCCAGCCCUCAGGAAGACCUUCAGUGGUUCAGCAACAACCAUGGCCCCGGCAUGCACAUGAACUGGCCACAGUUUGAGGAGUACAACCCAGAACUUACCCAUAGCAUCACAAAGAAGGAAAAGUCAAAGAAAGGUAGUGAUAGCAUAAUGCUGACUAAUGUCACCACAGCGGUGGACCGCGCUCAAGCUGCAGAUCAGGGCAGUGUGAGCAGCUACGAGAAGAACCAAGCGUACACAGCCUCCAACGAGUGGUCAGACGAGGACCAGACGGCACCCAACUCAGCCAGUGACACCAACGGCGGCAACCCCUUUGAUGAAGAGAUGGCCAAUGGCGUUAGAGUGCGGGCGCUGUACGACUACGAGGGCCAAGAGCAGGAUGAACUCAGCUUCAAAGCAGGCGACGAGCUGACAAAGCUGGAGGACGAGGAUGAGCAGGGCUGGUGCAAAGGUCGCCUCGACAAUGGCCAGCUGGGUCUCUACCCGGCCAAUUACGUGGAGCCUAUCUAGCCGUCUUUCAAACUCUAAAUUGGACUAAAAAUGUGAAUGCACACUGACUUCCUCACGCUUCUCUGGGCAAGUUUUCUUUCCCCAUUCAGGAUCAUGUGACUCACAGUUCUGCAUUUUUAAGAGAUGGUCUUCAAAGUCAUGCCUGGAUAGCAAGAACAAGCUAUGCAUUGUGCAUUUUAUGUAUAUAUUUCUUUUUUUUUACCAUCUGGAUGCUUGUACAGUGUUGACUCCUCAUUGACUGAAUUAUUUACAUGUUUAGUUUUGAAGGAUCUUAAAGACUCUGGUUUAAACGAUCACGUGACAAGAAGGCUAUGUUGGUGUUAGCUAAGCAUAAAACCUGGAAACAAAAUCAAAAAAACAAAACACUGGCAGUCUUACACUUCUCAUCCUGUACUGAAUACACAAAAAACAAUAGAGGUUCUCAAACCUUUUACACCAAGAACCACCAUCUUUUUCUACCUCCACUUGCCAUCACAAUUUAGCUGUGGACAUGUGGCUUGUAGAUAGCGCUUAGAUAACUAGCUUGAGUUUAACAAUAAGCCAGUACAGGAACAUGUACAUUUAAUUUAAUUUCAGCUAAUUUUUUAAGUGAUUUGUAUUGGCACAAUUGUUUUAUACAUAUAUUUGUAAUUUACAGUCGUCCCUCGUUUAUUGCUAUUAAUUGUUGCAGACCCAACCGUGUUAAAUAAAUUUCCACGAUAUGCGAUUCAGUGUUGAUAAAUGAAAUAUUUUCAUAGUUAGAGCAUAAAAAAACCUGUUUAUGACUUUCUAAAUAUGUUUUUUAACAUUAUUCUAGCCCAGUGACCAUGAAAUAGCACCCCUAUAGACACCUUUACACUCCUAUUAUGAAUUGUUUACAUCACAUUGCAAAUCAUGCUGCAAGGACUUAAGAUGCUUGUAAGCUAAGCAGUUAGCCUGAAAUUAAUUUAUCAAAAACUUCAGCAAAAAUUUAGCAAAAACGGACCACUUCCACAUGGGAUGGCAGGAGAACCUUCAUUUACUUAAUUUAACUGCAAAUCUAUUUAUCUGUACUGUACAGACUGAACGCUGAGUUCAACAAAUUCUUACAUGUUGGCAGGUCUUGCAUGUGUGAUUGUUUUGCGCUUUCCAUGAGUAGAGAUCCACAUCACGCUCUCAAUGUACCGCGGAAGCUGACUGUACACUGCCGGCUUGAGACUUCCUUUGGGUGGAUCGGACCUGUCAACAGCACCCAUUCAGUGAACAGAAAAGGCAGAACAAUACAUGCUUUCACUUUUUAGUCCCCUAAAUACCACAAAACUCUUCAACGACUCUAGAAAAAGUUACUAGAAUUGUCGCAAAUUGCUUUUUAUAUUGUUUGUCUGUUUCAUUACUGCCACCUAGUGACCUAAAUACUACUUAUCACUUGUAUUUCAAUGUUUUGACUAAUAGACCAUAGUCUACCACAAUAGAUAGAUAAUGAAUUAGUUACUUUCAGGAAAACCCAACAAAGCGAGGGACGACUGUAACUAUUUUUUUCCUGCAUACUACUAAAUGGAGCCUGGUGGUAUCUAUGCUGCAGUUUGAGAAUCAGUGUUCAAAGAAGCCCCUGUACUGUGUUUUCACUGUGCUAAGCUAACAAGUGACUGACUUGAUACUGCUAGCAGCACUCCCAUGUUUACAUCCUUUGUGCUAAGCUAAUAAGCUAACGCUGUGACUUACCUGAUAUCACAUUUUUUUCCUUUUGUGGGUCAUUUGGCAUCUACGUUUAAGCAAGAACACAAAAAAAGGUUGUGUGCCAAUUUACAGGCUGCUGUCGAAGACAGAUGACGUCACGUCAUCGGCGCAUCAUUGGUGAUGUCACAUACACCAUCAUUACUUGUGCACUGCUACUUUCGAAAAUACAUGUUUAUAGUACAUGGCAGCACAAACGUAGGUAGUAUUUUUGUACUCAUUCAAUCACUUAACGUAGACAUAUGAAACUUAAAUGUCUGAUGUUAUAAUGUUUGAUAAAAUACUGUAGCCACCUAGCAUCUGGACGCUGGCUAAUUGGUUGAAAAGCAGCCACUAAAUUAGCACACAAGUUUCCAGUUGUUUCCCCCAUGCAGACCAGAAACAAAGCCUGCCUCCACUAACUGCCUUUUAAAGGAGAAUAGCCUCAUUUCUUGGGAAUAUUUGUUUACAAGGAGAACAAUAUCUUCCUUAUGUGUGUCCUAAUGCUAACACACACAAUACCAGAGCUAAUGCAUGGCUUCAGUUUGCUUUCUCUGCCAUGUUUUUGACCACAUAAUGUAUGUAAUUAGCAUUCGGGUAUCAGUCAGACUCCUGGGAGCAUGUUUCAGCAUAGGUGUGUUAUAUGAUAGUGGUGUGGUGGCUACAGGUGUCAGCAUUGACGUGAACACAACACCCGGUCUGGGUGUUGUCUUACUUUCAAAAGCAGAGAAAGCUGCAGCACGACAAGAAGAAGAAACGGGACCAGCAUCUGAAAUAUUGAUGAGCUUUUCCUUAUGCAAGAAAGAAGCCGGUUGUGAACAAACUGUUUACUCUUUUCAAGUGGACUAAACAUUGCCUUAUCACAGUCCAAUGCCCUGUCACUUCCAAAGUGCUUGCUUCAAACUCCUUUUCUUCAGACUUUGCAGCGUUUGUUUACUUUCCAACAACAGAAAAAAGACUGUCUUGUUGCAUCUUAACAGUUGUUUAAAUGGCUGCAUCCACUGUGGCAGGCCUGGAAUUGAACCCUUAAAGUCUUUUUUUGAGCAUACUGCUCCAAAGUCCAAGCUGUAGUGCCUGCUUGAAUGGAAAUAAAAGAUGUCAUCAGGAAGCAGAGCGUCUCAAAGCUGUUUUCUGAACUGGUAGUACAAUGAUUUGGCCGCUGGAGGUCAGUAUUUACCAACAUUUUUGAUCAACUAGAUAGCUCUCUGUGGUCCUGCAGCAGGAGAGCCUGUUGGAUUUUUCACUACACACAAAAUCUUAAAACAAGAUUUUUCGUUCAGGUAAAAAAAAUGUCUUAUGGACACAAGGCCUGAUACAAUAAUAAAUGAAUUAAUCACACAAUAAAUGAAGAUGAACUCAAUAAUUUUGCCAGCCUCAGUAUAUUGAUCCUCUGAAUGGUUGAUGAAAAACAAAAAACGCAGGCUCUGAAGUGGCCUGGUCAAAGUCCUGACCUGAAUCCUAUUGAUAUACUGUGGCAUGACCUUAAAAAGGAAGUUCAUGCUGGAUAACUCUGGAUAACCCAUUGUGGCUGAAUUACAACAAUUCUGCAAAGAUGAGUGGGCCAAAAUUCCUCCACAGUGCUAUAAGAGACCCACUGCAAGCUGUCCAAACACUUAAUUGCAGUUGUUGCUACUAAUAGUGGCCCAACAAGUUAUUAGCUUUAGGGGGCAAUCACUUUUUAACAAAGGGUUAUGUAGUUUUUUUUUUUAUCCCUUAAUAAUAAAAUGUUUCAUUUAAAAAUUGCAUUUUGUGUUUAUGUUAAUAUUAGAAAAAAAUGUCUAAUGGGCACAA